AGAAGCUCUUGGUGAAAAAUAUAUAGGGUUUGGUGUUAAUAUUGCGGGUAAUCAUAUUGAAAUAUCUGGGCUGAUACGUCAAGACAAUAUCAAAUACUAUCUUCCGGUUUCGAAAGCCAAAAUACCUUUCGAGGAAGAAUCAGCCAAAGAAGUGGAAGAACUUAUCCAUGCUCUAUUGACUCUACGGAAUGGCAUUAUUGUGAAUGGACAAUGUAUUUUCAAUAAGAUCUAG